UGCUACAAGGUGACUCGCAAUGGUUCCCAGAGACGGCUCCUUUGUGCUUGGAUGGGCUUGCAGCCCCUAAGGAGCGAUGGAGGCUGGCGCCAUGACCGAGGCGGGAAGCCAAACUCCAGGAAUGGAGACCAGGAAGCUAAUCACCGCAACAGACAACCAGUACUCUGGCAUGUUGUUAAAGGCUUUGGAUGAACAGCGAGGACAUGGACUUUUCUGUGAUGUUACCAUCAUUGUGGAGGACCGGAAAUUUCGAGCCCACAGAAAUGUCCUUUCAGCUUCCAGCACUUACUUCCACCAGCUUUUCGCCCUUGCAGGUCAAGUGGUUGAACUGAACUUCAUCAGAGCAGAGAUUUUUGCAGAAAUUCUCAAUUACAUUUACAGCUCCAAAAUAGUCCGGGUGAGAUCGGACUUGCUCGAUGAGUUAAUUAAAUCAGGGCAGUUGCUGGGAGUUAAAUUCCUUGCUGAUUUGGGUGGUCCUUUGCAGCAGGUGAAAAGUAUGUCAGGAAGUGUCAAGCCUGGCGCUUCAGAAUGGCCCAGCUCUGAAACUAAUGGUCUCGAAGCACAGAAGCCUCCAACACCAGCUGGGGGCCAAAAUCUAAUUGAUGAGGAGCCCGCUGUAACUGUCUCGCUGCAUGGGGAAGCGUGUGAUGCUGCGAAGAUUACCAUCAGUGAUUCUGACGAUGACGACGUCAUUUUCUGCUCCGAGCUUGUGCCUCCAAAGGACUGUCCCCUGGAGCCUACUGUAGUAACACAGAGCCAGCCUUGCCUAAAUCCUGUGGGGGUCCCUGACCAAAUAAAUUGUACCAGCAGUACUUCCCCGCCUCAGUCAGCUGCAGCGACAGCUCCGAGGCUUGACUCGUGCCCUGGCCAGUCAAAUCCAACUGAAAACCAAGUCCCUGCUGAGCCGCUUGUCCCCUCGGUUCCAAAACCUGCGGGUCCAAAUGUGCUUGUGUUAAAUAGGCCGCAGAUUGGAGCAUUGCCGAAUGCUGGCUCAUCGCACGAAAUAGAGGUAUCUCCUAUCCCCGAAGAGAAUCAGCAGCCAUCUAAUAACGAUUCCUUAACUGACAUGGAAACCAAUGCCAUUGAUGAAGAAGAGGAUGAAGAUGAGGAUGUUGAAGAUGACGACGACAUCCUCGGUUCAUCCAGCCCAGGUUCAGCAAGCAGCAGUUCUUUGGUCCAGCAGCCCACCACCCCUAAACCAGCCGCUGCACCUGAUGCCACAGGAGUACAGAAGAAGCACAGCCCUAGCUUUCCCCAAGAACCAGUCUCCCAACCCAGAAAGUUCAAAAAUAAAGUUUCUGAUGUUCUUCCUGGGAACAACAAGGAUGCUCCAGCGGGCGCUGUGCCAAAGCACGUAACAGAAGGCCAGAAGACCAUCACUUUAGAUAAAGCUACUGAGAUAGAAGGCUUGUCAACAGGUUGCAAGGUUUAUGCAAACAUCGGUGAAGAUACCUAUGAUAUUGUAAUUCCUGUGAAAGAUGAGGCUGAUGGAGAAGUGCAGUUGGAUGACAUGCCCAGAACAUCGGGGGACGAUUCUACAAACAGGAAGCGCCUGAAAGUAAAGCAUGAUGAUCACUACGAGCUCAUAAUGGAUGGCAAGGUCUACUAUAUCUGCAUUGUGUGCAGGAGGUCUUACGUUUGUCUUACAAGUUUGCGGAGACACUUCAACGUCCAUUCUUGGGAGAAGAAGUAUCCAUGUCGCUAUUGUGAGAAGGUUUUUCCUCUUGCGGAGUACCGCACCAAGCAUGAAAUUCACCACACCGGGGAGCGGCGGUACCAGUGCUUGGCAUGUGGCCAGUGUUUCAUCAACUAUCAGGUCAUGGCCACGCACGUAAGAUCGGUUCACAGCCAGGAUCCUUCUGGCGAGUCCAAGCUAUAUCGCUUGCAUCCCUGUCGGUCUCUGCAGAUCAGAAAUUAUGCAUAUAUUUCGGGUAGUUCCAGCAAUAUACCCAUGGUAAAUGACAGUGCUCUUGUUUAUCCUGUUGACCCUGCAAAAGAAGCCCCUCAAGAACCAGCCCCUAACCCUUCAGGAAAGCCAAUGACCUGGGAUGAUAUAUUUGUUCCACAGGGAAGUGAAUCACUAUUCAAACAAAAUCCAUCGGAUGGCAGUACUGAAUUUGAGUUUGUUAUACCGGAAUCUUACUGAAUCUUCUCUCUGACUGAAAUAGAAAUAUAGAUAUAUAGAUUAUAUAUAUAUAUAUAUAUAAAGAAAAAGUUCUUUAAAUGGGCUGCUUGAAAAAAGUUGUAGGACAUCUCAUGUUAUAUAACAAGUCAGUGUGUUAACGCCUAGCCAACAAAAAUGUAGUAUGUUAAGACUAGAAUGCCUAUAAGCUUCAGAGAGGCUUGUGAAAGAAAAUUGGUCAGGGAAAGAAAAACGCUUCACUUGAUUAUGGGAAAAGGCACUUGAGAAGCUAGGUGUUAAAUGUGUUUGGUUCAUUAUCAUGGAUCAAAAUCCGGUGAAAUAAUUGUUUGAAAAGGUGUGGCUUCUUUACAAUAAAGGUAACUCACAACUUGUGCAUUUAUAACCCAUGUGCAUUCAGCUUCAUGUGUUUGGCAAAAAA